CACCGAUCAAGGCGUGUGAUGUGUUGCGACAGGUAUGUCUAGCUAAAGAACGUUCAUCAAUUUCAAUCCCAUGCCUUGAUUUUCCAGUAGCACUGGCAACGGCGACGGCAUCGGCAAAUGGCUUCCGUAUAUCGUGAUCGGACGUCGGAGUUUCGGUCACUGUCGGAGACGCUGAAGAAGAUCGGCGUAGCCACAGCCGCCGUCAAUUUAGCUCAAAAUGAACCAUCGGUGUCCACGCCCUCCAGAUCGCCGGCUAUUUUACGAUCGGAAUUCAGCAAGAAGGCCUCGCGUAUUGGAUUGGGAAUCCAAGAAACCUCUCAGAAGAUUGUGAGGCUUGCUCAGUUGGCAAAAAGAUCAUCAAUGUUUGAUGACCCAAUCAGGGAAAUUCAGGAAAUGACUGCUUUGAUUAAGAAUGAUAUUACCUCCUUGAAUGUAGCUAUCACAGAUUUGCAAACAAUCCAGAACAUGGAGAUAGCAGAGGGGAAUUAUUCAGAGGAUAGAGUUGUUCAUUCAACAGCUGUCUGUGAUGACCUGAAGAGCAGACUUAUGGGAGCUACAAAACGGCUUCAAGAUGUGCUAACUACAAGAACAGAGAAUAUCAAGGCCAAUGAGAGCCGGAGACAAAUAUUUUCUGCAAAUGCAACCAGAGAAAGUCCUUUUCAAAAUCAAGCCAAAACUGUAACGCAACCUCCACCUUGGUCAAGUAACACAUCUGGAAGUGCCCAAUCAUCUUUAUUAUCAUCAAAUGGAGCUCAAGCUGGGGGUCAAUUGAGACGAAGGUUAGCUGUUGAGAACACCCCAUCACAGCAAAUGGAGUUGUCAAUGUUACAGCAGAUGGUUCCUAGGCAGGAAAAUUAUUCCCAAAGUCGUGCCGUUGCUCUCCAUAAUGUGGAAUCCACCAUUUCAGAACUCAGUGGAAUUUUUACACAUCUUGCCACAAUGGUAGCACAUCAAGGAGAACUUGCUAUCAGGAUUGAUGACAAUAUGGAUGAAUCAUUGGCAAACGUAGAAGGUGCUCGGAGUGCUCUUUUAAGGCAUCUUAACCAGAUAUCAUCAAAUAGAUGGCUUCUUAUAAAACUAUUUGCCAUUUUGAUAAUCUUCUUGAUGCUCUUUAUUUUCUUGGCAUAAAACAUCAGCUCCCAAACCCUACUUCUAACACUUUUGCUGACGGUAAUACGUGGCUUUCUCCAUCUCCAUCUAAGUAUACACUUAUCAUGAGUUUGAUUGUGCUAUUAGUUGGCCCCCAUCUUCUGUAGAUUCAAGGCCAUUCCUUUUGUUUAUGGGGUUCUAUAAAGUUGACCGUGUACAAGAACGCAGCAAUUUGUUUAUAUUUCCACACAAAGAAGCAUAUAUACUGUAUCGUGAGAGUUUGGAUUUGGCAUGGUAUAUCAAAUUACUGCUUGGGAUUAUAAACUCAA